AUGGCGAAGCUCGCACAAGAGCAACCAGCGCACGGUUCCAGCGCUGGUAACCCGGUGCCGGCGAAAUUCGCGAUCCUAGGCGAGCACAGCGUGCGAGAUCUCGCGAUCUACCUCGUUAUAUGCACGCUCCUUUUGUGUAACAUUUUCUUUCUAAGCACAUCCACCUCGGUAUGGGAGGGGGAUCCGUGGGAUUUCCCAAUGCUGCGAGCCCUCAUAGCUUCUGGGAAGCUUCGGGGAGCUGCUGUGAGUGUAUCAGCGCGUCAGCAAGGUGCUAACCAGGAGCUGUGGGAGGCUAAUAACGAGGAUUCUGUCCCGUCCCUCGCGUAUGGAAUUCUAGGUUCGAAAAACGACACUGAUCGAAUCUAUCGCCUCUUAUUGGCCACCUACCAUCCUCGGAACUUCUAUGCCGUGUACAUAGACGAUGCUGACUCAGCAUUCGCGCUACGGACAAAGCUUUCCGCCCACCCCGUUCUUGCGGCGGCAGUCGCAGCAGCCGGGGCGGCGGAGGCGACAGAAGCGGGCGGGAAUGGGGAACAUGUGACUAUAACGGGGGAGACCAGGGCUUCGACCUCCUCUGGCUGCUCUCCUCCGUCUCGCCUCUCCUUCCUUCAUGGGCCAUGCGUCUCGCCUCGCCUCUCCUUUAUGGACCAUGUGGUGGAUCAUCGAUUCGAUUACCGCCAGGAGAGUGUGUUUGCGGACAAUGCGCUGUUUGAGAGGCGGAGGGGGGGACGGUGGAUUGCUGACAUGCGCGAUAGGGUUACCAGAUUCGAGGUGUACACUGGCUCAUUCCCUCUGCUCGCAUCUCGGCCGUUGAUCCGCUACUUGAUCGACGAACCACACGCGAUCCCACGCAGAAUGCUCAUGUUCCUGGGAGACACGCUCUCGCCCCACCUGCACUACAUACCAACCACCGCCUGCCAGGCCGCCCGGUUCAAUCACACAGUCGUGAACAGAGGCCUGCACUUCCCGCCCUUUACAGUCACGCAAGGGCAUGAGAUGCCGCCUGUGAACUCUUCCCAAUGGCAAAACAUGAGUGGGGGAGGUGCUUCUGGGGGAGGGCCUUUCCUGUUUGUGCAUGAUCCGGAUCCAGGCUUGGUUACCAAGAUAGACAGGGAGCUUCUACAUAGAGAGGAAGAGAGUGCAGUGGACUGCAAAAAAUGGUGUACCAGAAGCACAGUACAACAUAGCAAUGGCACAAGAAGCGUAGACUCGAGAUGGCAACAAUCUCAAAGAGUCAAAGGCCUCAAAAUCGAGCUUCACAAUACUGUAACCAAUAAUGUACCAUGUGAAGUGUAG